AUGAGUCUCCAUAAAGCUAGGAUAAAAGCCUUUGAAGAAAUACUUGAUCAAGAUGUUAUUGAUAUGCAGCAGCUCCAGAAGCUAGCCUUCAAUGGAAUACCUGAUGAUAAAGGACUGAGAUCAUUAGUUUGGAAAAUCCUACUGCAUUAUUUACCCCAAGAAAAGAACGCUAGAGAAACAACGCUAAUUAAGAAACGUCAGCUUUAUAAACAGUUUAUAGAAGAAAUAAUUGUAUCGCCCGGAGGGCCAACUGACCAUCCGUUAAACAUGAGCCCCGACAGCUCUUGGAGUACUUACUUCAAAGAUAACGAGGUACUGUUGCAAAUCGACAAGGACGUGCGAAGACUCUGCCCCGAUAUAUCAUUCUUUCAAUCUGCUACUGAAUUUCCUUGUCCUGAGGUCGUAAACAGCAAUGGCAUAAAACGAUUGCACAAACGUGUCGAGCAAUCCGUCCUCAAAUACGCCACAUUGGAGAGAAGGGGUCUCGGUGUUGCCAAGCUUAGCAACGAAAUCAAACGCGCCGAGAACAUCACAAGCGGCGAUUACGCCCCACUGAACGAAGGCUGCGAGGCUCACUGGGAGGUGGUGGAACGUAUGCUGUUUCUGUAUGCGAAGCUGAACCCGGGACAGGGCUACGUUCAAGGAAUGAACGAAAUAAUAGGACCCAUCUAUCAUACCUUCGCUAUUGACGCCGACAAGGAGUUUCGACAGCACGCCGAAGCCGACUGCUUCUUCUGCUUCACGAACCUAAUGGCUGAGAUACGUGACUUCUUCAUACGUACCCUCGACGAGGCGGAAAGCGGAAUCAACUACAUGAUGUGCAAACUCAACGAAUUUCUGAAGCGCCACGACCCGGAUGUUUGGACUUUAUUGGAGAAGCAGGAACUGCGCCCUCAGUACUACAGCUUCAGAUGGCUGACACUCUUACUGUCCCAAGAGUUCUCUCUACCCGACGUCGAAAGAAUUUGGGACACCCUAUUCGCUGAUUCUCAACGUUUCGAUUUCCUCAUAAACAUAUGCUGCGCGAUGAUUUUGUUGGUUCGGGAUAAUUUACUAGGCGGCGAUUUCGCGUCGAAUGUAAAAUUGCUACAAAACUUUCCGCCUAUGGACGUGUCAUUGAUACUAAAUAAAGCAGCUACACUCGGCAACACGUAAACAACACAACGAAUUUUGGAUGAAUUUAUGAAUAAUUUAAUUUUAAAUUUAGUUAAAACUAGAAUUUGCGGAUUUAAUAUACUAUAAUAUGAUAAUCGAAGAUAAAAAUUUUUUAGAGAUUCUACUUCUUCUGUUCUGUUUCACCUGCUCAUACAACUGACUGACUAUUUACAAUAAACGAAUCUUUAAAAAUUAUUUAAAAAAAAAAAUUGCCUGAUCCUCAUUUAUCCUAAAAUAAACUGCUAUAAAAAAGAACUCUGUAGGAGUGUUAUGUUGUUUUUUUCCAUUACGGCCAUAAUAAACCUAAAUAGCUAUAAACUAGUACUGUAAUAUUAACGCAGAUAAUUAUUUUUUUACUACAAUAAACAUUAAUACUUAACAUAGUGAUUUUAUGACCUACAAUGUGACUAGCAGAUACAAAUUAGCAGUUUUUUAGUACAAAUGCCAUUGUGGCGGAUGUAAUUUUAAAUAGUCUGAAUCCGUUAAUCUGGAAACCGUGACCAUUUUGAGUUUGUUUUUAAUCCCACCCUGUGCGUCGGCCUAAACACACCAUCAAUAUUACAUCGACUGAAUUCAACAGUGACACGCGUCAAUUUGACAGCUGUCAAUUGUAACGCCAUUUUUGGGCCUUAGAGUGAAGACACCAAGUGGCCUACAGACAAUAGGUUAUCGAAUGACGAUUUCUUUAUCGAAUCAAGACCUCCCAGAUCAACUAAUCCAAUUCAUAUCUAUCUCAUUUCGUUUGACGGUCAUAUAACUUCCCGCCUUUUAAACGACAAAAAAAAACAUUAUACAGUUAAUAAGAGCAUGUACAAGAUCGUCAGAACGUUCUAUGAUAGGUAGGGCUUAAAGUAAAUCAAUUAAAAAAUGCACUUAAUGUGAAAGUAUAACGAGCGAGUUUUUGAAGUGAAACUUCUAAGGCGACUUCAACAAGGUUGCGUUAAACGUUUAACGCUACCAUACUAGAAAGAGACAGAGCGAGAGUGAAUG